AUGAAGGGGUCCUGCACACUCGUGGCGUCAAUGAUCGCUGCCUUCACCGUGGCCCUCUCCUCUUCCUCGUCCACGUCGCCAACUCUCAGUGUCUGGCGGCGGAGUCGACGACGUGAAGGAGUUGCUAAGGAGCAGAGCCGGAGAGGGUGUCAGGGCAGAGGAGCAGGGAGAGCCGGAGAGGGCGCGGCCGGUAAUGGUGUCGGAGAGGCGGAGCCGGAGCAAAGUAAGAGCAGGGGGAGGGCGGCCGUCGGAUUGGGAGUCGGGACUGGAGAUGGAGAAGAGGAGUCGCGGUGCCGGUCUCGCCGGAGAGGAAGAGGAGUCACACUGUCGCAGAGAGGAAGAGAGGAGUCGCGCGGAGAGGAAGAGAGGAGUCGCGCCGAUUAG